CAGCUAAGCUGGCGUAAGGUAAAUGUGAUACCCUGCACGACAUUGAACGUCAUUCGUCUUUUCGUCUGGGUUUCCCUCCAAACAUGGCUGCGGUUAAUAUUACUUCGCCCCUUACCAAAAUUGGAUUAACAAGGUUUGGAGGAAUAUUUCUCCUGCUGAUUCUUCAUUUUCAGUUUGUCGCUACUACAGUGCUAUGGACAAAACCAGCCCCAAGUUGGAGCCAAAGGGAUUCAAAUAUCAUUAGAACAGUUGAUAUUAACGUGUUGGAGGGCAGCACCAAGGUUCACCUGAGCUGGAAUUACGCCCUGUUAGAUGGCUCAGAUCUAAGGACAACAACUUUUUCCAUUAACGAUGGUACUGGUUGGAAUGAUAUUGGAGUUAUAUACCAUUCUGACAAUAGCACUACGAUAUAUGACAGAAAUAAUUACAAGACAAGAUUUAAUAUCAGCGAAGGUGAUGUCGCCACCCUGAUAUUGCAAAACGUGACUGAAAAUGAACGAGCGAUUUUCCAAUGCAAGCUCUCCACGCUAAGAAACUAUUGGACCUACAGGAUUCACGUGAAUUUUACAAAGCGCCAUCUGAACUGGGUGGAACGAUCGUUGUCGGUUGUUGGUGUUGAACAGCACAACAUCACCUUUCAGUGGACUUAUAUGAAAACACUUGGCAUAUCUUCAACGUUUCGAGAGGCAAAACUCAUUGAUCUUAGUCGCGGAGAAACAACCAUUUUAGAGAAAGCGGUGACCACUGCGCCACAUGUAAAUGAAGCGUACAGACCUCGGUUUCACGUGGAUUAUAUACAAGAUACUAAAGCGUCCAUAACCAUUGUUGGUCUACAAAGAUCAGACAGGGGAAGAUAUAGAUUUGAUGUUAAAACCCACAGGAAGGACAUCGACCAACUUAACACGCUCUCCAGUAUCAUGGAACUCUCAGUGCAGUAUGCGGCGAACUCGACCAAUGUUAGCGACCACCAAACUUUGCAAGAAGGAUCCUACCUUCAACUAUUCUGUCAAGCCUCUGGCAAUCCAACCCCAAAUAUAACAUGGACCAAAGUGCUUGAAAACAGUAACGAUAGUAGAGUGCUGCAUCAAGGAACCAACUGGAAUUUAACAAAAAUUAACAGAACUUUUUCAGGAAUAUACAACUGUACAGCUGACAAUGGAAUUGGAAAUCCCAUGUGGCGUCUAAUAAAAGUCAAUGUUACCUAUCCUACUAAAGUUGUUAAGCUUUUUAGUGAACAUCAAGUUGCAGUACAGGGAAGUGUAUCUCUUCACUGCGAAGCCGAUGGAAAUCCUCGGCCUGUUUACACGUGGUCUCCAUGUGAUCCACAGACCCAAGCAUGCCACGAGAGCUCACUAAAUAUUUCCAACGUUCUCAAUGAGGCUGUAUACUCCUGCAAUGUGGCAAAUAUUUUGGGUAAUGAUACAAAAAAGACCAAAGUUGUCAUAGCGGGCACUGUGAUAAAUGUGACACUUUUCAUCAGUGAACAGUGUCCUCAAGAAACUUUAUCUGAGUCCGCGUUGUGGAAGAACCUGAAACAAAAGAUAGAAGACCUAUUAACAGAUGAAGGACACACAAGCACAGAAUUAACAAAUUACAGGUGUGGUAGUGUAAUUGUUGAUUUGGCUUUGGAGUUCAAUUCCUCUGUGAAAGAAGAGAAGGUACUUUCAAUGCUAAAAGAUUCGGCAGAGAAUGGAGGACUGAAAGACUUGGGGGUGAAAGCUUCCGAAAUAGUAGGUUGGCGACCUGGAAGGCCAACUGAAGCACCUAAAAGCUCAACACAAAGCAUUAAAAGUACAGAGAGUAGUACAUUAUCUGCUACACCUUCCGAAUACCCUGCUCAGACGGAAGGUGACGAUGGUCUUAAGGAUUGGAUGAUUGCUGUUAUUGGCGCUGUUUCCGGUCUUGUCCUCCUUUUCAUCGUUAUUUUCUUACUUUGUUGGAUCAACAAGACUCAUAAAAAGAAGAAUAGCUCUGGAGUUGCAAACGUUGACAUGUCGACGACAUCAAGUUAUGUAAAGAGUGGCCCCCAUCAUUCCGAUAAGCCUUACUACAGCAGGGAAUCUAUUGAAGAUGAUCCAUUCAUUGCUGCGUCCACUUAUUCCCUGAAUUCAGUCGAUAGAAGAGACCGGGAGAGAGAUUCUAGCGUCAACUAUGGAUACCAACCAGACGAUUCUGAUCAGCCACCAGGUGAAAUGCUGCUAAAAUCAGGCACCCGCCUCCCCAAGAAUGACCGUCUCACUCAAAGUGCCGGGGAGCUUGAUGUGACCUCCACAUAUUUAGCUAAGGGACCACAGCGAGAUUGCAGUACACUUCCCUCUCACCACAGACCACCCUCUUAUGAGGAAGCUUCGAAACAGAAAGAUAGAAUAAUGAUGACAGAACCAAGGCCAAGUAGAUCCACAGGCGGCAGGCAGAGGCAACGGCAAAGGCCUUCGGAAGACAGGGCGGGAGAAGCUAGUGUAGCACCAAGUGAAGUGAGGCCCAAUCAAGAUGAACAUAGAGAUACCAAAAAGAAAGGACCGCUUGAUCCCACGGCAAUUUAUGCAGUUCCAGACAAGAAAAAGAAAUUUAGUCAACAAAGUCCUGAAUCCCACGGAGCGGCUCUAGACCCAUCCCAAGCGAAUCCUACGAAGAAAGAACCAACCAAAGGACCAAUUCUACAAAAUCCUGGAAAUUUGGACCUGGAUGAUUCCUCUUGUGUAUGUUCAAGUGAGGGGCCAAGAAACUUAAUUAUCCCCAUCGAAAUGUUACCUAGCAACCGCCCAGCCCCCAAAAGAGACGAUAAAGAAAAUGGAAAAUCAGAACCUUUGUCACAGCCUAAUUCGACUUUGGAAAAACUACAGCGUCCACCGAACAGUUCAAGCGGUGCUGUACGUUAUGUGCCGGAGCGGAGUAAAUUGCCGUAUAGGAAUGUCCGUGGACAACUUGUGAGACCAGACGCACUAUCACAAUCUUCACAAGACUCGCUCGACAAAAAACCGGAAGCACCUCAAAACCAGUGGAAGCCCGUCGGGUCCCAGACCCUCAGCAGGGAAUCAUCGGAUGUUGGUUACGUCACGUACCUGGUCUGAUGGCAUGGUAAUCUGUCUUCCAAACAGGUCUCUAUUACUGAUUUGAGCCCAAGGCAUGUAAACUACAUACAAAUAUCAAGUACAGCUGUUCGCUUCCAACCGAAUAAAUAAUGUGUAGAGCUUUAGAAUGGCUUCAUUCAAAGAAGGCAACUGACUUUCACAUUGCCAGCUUAGAAAAUUCCAUCUUUGGGACUAAAUCACUCAACCGGCCCGAUCCCCUGAUGAUGAUACAUUUCACUGAGGUAAUUGGUGAACUUUGUGCAUUCUGAGUGGCUAACCCAACGUAGAAUGACAAAGUGAUUGUUAACUCUAAACAUGUCGAGUAUUUGCCGUUACACCGUCGAAUAUAGCGGCCAUCUUAGGGUUUAUAACAUGUUUUGACUAGUCUAAGAGGGAUAUAAUGCAUGUUGACCUUUCCGUAAGUAAAAAAUGUCUUUAUUCGUAAAAAUUGAUUUGUGCUGCACAUAAAAGCGUUGCAACAUCAAAAUAUAUAGUUAAGAAGGAAACCAACUAUUGGUUUUCCAAAUAAAAAAACGUCAACGGAAUAAAGGCAACACACAGUAACUACA